GUCUAGCGAGGUUCUUCUGCAAGAAAUUGCUCAAAUAAUGACAAUGGCGUCUUUGAAAGCGUUGUCUGCUUUAAGUUUAGAAGUUGAACAGAAAGGACAAACGCUUACUGAUGUCAUGUUUCUUUGUGACGAGUGGAAAUCUUCGAAGGGUGGAUUAUCAACUUUCAAUCGAGAAUUUGCGAUUAAUUUGGCAGCAGCCACGACUGGUAGCAUGAAAAUCCACUGCUAUGUCUUGAAAAGCGAUGAUCAGGACAUAGAAGAUGCUAAACAACAUGGGGUGAAUUUAAUCACCGCUCAGACUGUUCCUGGAUCGCGAGAUCCCAUAGAUUGGUUAAAAGUUCCACCUCCAGAGCUUCAGCAUCCGCAUAUCGUGAUUGGUCAUGGAAGAAAACUGGGACGCCCUGCAUUCUUCAUUGCACGAGCUACAGGAUGUCAAUGGAUUCAGUUCGUCCACUUCUUCUGCGAAGACCUUUGGAAAUACAAAGAAAUCGCCACGGCUGUUGAUACGAUCGAAGAGAUAGAGGAGAAGCACAAACUGGAAAUUGAAUUGUGUAGAGCAGCGGAUGCAGUUGUCGCCGUUGGCUCACACCUACAACAGAAAUACAGCAGAAGUCUGCCAAAUGUCAAAGUCGAGAUUAUUACCCCUGGAAUCUUUGAAAAGUUUUCUGGUGAACUAAAGUUUGCCAUGCGAAGAUCAGUACCAUUAGUAAAGAACUUUAGUGUGUUCUUGUUUCGCGCAGAUCCCUUUAAGGAUCUUUCCCUUAAGGGAUACGAUAUUAUCGCAAAUGCUGUUGGUUCUCUUGGUAAGAACUUUGAGCUGACAUUUGUUGGCUCAUCUCCUGGUGAACAUCGGAAAGUUGAGCGAUGGUUUCUUGACAACACUUGCAUCAACCGAAACCAACUAACCAUCCAUGGAUAUUGCAGUGGACAAGAGGAACUUAAGAUGAUGUUCUAUCAGUCAGAUUUGGUUGCUCUGCCUUCUUCUACUGAGGGCUUUGGAUUAGUUGGCCUGCAAGCCAUUUCUGCUGGUGUUCCUCUACUUGUUUCAGGUGAAUCUGGAAUAGGUGAGGCUUUGAAAGAAGUAGAAGGAGGGGACACUGUUAUUGUUGGAUCAGAUAAAGAUGCAGAUGAGUGGGCACAACGGAUAUGGGAGAAGUCAACAGAGCGUCCAGAAGAUAGAGAAGCCAGUGCCAUGAAGCUUAGAGAGAACUACAGGGAGGUUUACUCUUGGAAAAAAGAAUGUGAGAGGUUUAUUCUGAUGAUUAAGGAAGUAUUGAAAAAUGCAGAUGCUUCUUUCAUGUUAACACCAGAGUCAACAGGAUUCCAAAAGGAUCAGCAGCAGAAGGACUCUGACACAUCAGCUACCGCAGGAAGCAUAGUUCAUCCAGAAACUGAAGAUCCCCAAGCACUCCUUAAGUUAAUUGCUAUGAAUUACCUUGAAAUCACACCACCACAGUCCCUGGAAGAGUUGAAACAUUUUAAAGAAUACUUGAGAAGAAUGAAAGAAAUCAUUGGUGUUCCAUAUGAAGCUUCUUUCAUGUUAACACCAGAGUCAACAGGAUUCCAAAAGGAUCAGCAGCAGAAGGACUCUGACACAUCAGCUACCGCAGGAAGCAUAGUUCAUCCAGAAACUGAAGAACCCCAAGCACUCCUAAAGUUUAAAGUCCUAUCCUUAGUUGCUAUGAAUUACUUUGAAAUGGCACCACCACAGUCCCUGGAAGAGUUGAAUGAGUUUAAAGAAUACUUGAGAGGACUUAAGGCAAUCUUAGGAGGUGUUUCAUAUGAAGGUAGUUUGGUGAUUUCUGUGGAGUGUGAUUCUCUUGAAAUGCUGGAGGGAGUAGUGCCAGUUGACUUUAGAUAA